AUGAGACUUAUUUUUGUCGCUGUGGCGGUUGCGGCUUUGUUGAAAGAAAAUCUAGCGCUUCCAGUGGGAAAAGAAGGGCAGAGAGAAGAUGUGGUAACACGCUGUUUGGUUGAAGUCCUGUCCAAAGCUCUUUCCAAACCGGACUCCCAGCUGGAUCAGGAAUGCAAAGAUAUUCUCCAAGCAGGGGUUAAACAUGCCCCGCUGGACAAGAAGAGUGGAGAGGGGAUAGCAACUCAUGGAGAGGUGGCCAAAGGUCACCCUGAGGCAAAGGCAGCAGAUGUGAAAGACAUCGAGGCUCUCCUACAAUCCGUGGAGGAAAAAAGAGAAAUCCCCGAAGACGAACGCAGCCAAGAAUCCUGGAGUCUGGGUGAUGAGAAGGAGAAGAGACACGAGAACGAAGAGGAAGGAGCGCGGGAGAAGAGGAGCAGCUGGAAGCCUGGAAGAUACCACCAAAGAAAACACAAACGCAAUGAGGAAUCUUUAGGAGGAGAGAGGGAGGAGCCAGAGGAAGAACGUAGCCAAGAGUCCUGGGAUGUGGACAAAAGGCAAGGAAACGAGGACGAGGAGGAGAGAGACAAGCGCAUAUGGAAGCCCACACAUCGUUACCACCACAAGAAAAAGUUCCACAAACGUAGUGAUGAACCAUUGGAGGAAGAAGAGGAUGGCGAACGCAGCCAGGAGUCCUGGGCUCUCGACAAGAGGGACUGGAGGGCUGGAAGGUACCACCAGAGGAGACACAAGCGUGACGAAGAGCUCGCCGAAGAAGCCAGGGAAGAGCCAGAAGAAGAACGCAGCCAAGAAUCUUGGGGUCUCGACAAGAGGGACUGGAGGGCCGGCAGAUUCCACCAGAGGAGACACAAACGUGACGAAGAGCUCUCCGAGGAAGCCAGGGAAGAGCCAGAAGAAGAACGCAGCCAGGAAUCUUGGGGUCUUGACAAGAGGGACUGGAGGGCCGGCAGAUUCCACCAGAGGAGACACAAACGUGACGAAGAGCUCUCCGAGGAAGCCAGGGAAGAGCCAGAAGAAGAAGGCAGCCAAGAGUCCUGGGACUUUGAUGCUGGAAGAGAAAAGAGGGACUGGAGGGCCGACAGGUACCACCAGAGGAGACACAAGCGUGAUGAAGAGCUCUCCGAGGAAGCCAGGGAAGAGCCAGAAGAAGAACGCAGCCAGGAAUCUUGGGGUCUCGACAAGAGGGACUGGAGGGCUGGAAGGUACCACCAGAGGAGACACAAACGUGACGAAGAGCUCUCAGAAGAAGCCAGGGAAGAGCCCGAUGAAGAACGCAGCCAGGAGUCCUGGGACUUUGAUGCUGGAAGAGAAAAGAGGGACUGGAGGGCCGGCAGGUACCACCAGAGGAGACACAAGCGUGACGAAGAGCUCUCAGAGGAGGUGAGAGAAGAGCCGGAGGGGGAACGCAGCCAGGAGUCCUGGGGCCUCGACAAAAGAGAUGGAAAAGAAGAGCAAGAAAUAGAAAAGCGUAUAUGGAAACCGACACAUCGAUACCACCAUAAAAAGAAGUUUCACAAGCGUGGCGGAGGCUCAUCAGAAGAAGAGGAAGAACAGAGGGGCGAUUCAGAGGAAUACGAGGAGACGGCAAAGGACGGGGACCAAAUGGAUGAACUGGCCAAGUUGCUGAGCUAUAAGAUAAACCAGCUUGCCAGCCAUUCUAAUCAAGAGGAGCCAAAGAGGAGCAUGCACCAGAGAGCACUUACCCCGCAGGAGGAGAAAGAGCUGGAAAAUCUUGCAGUGAUGGACACAGAGCUGCAGAAAAUCGCUGCCAAGUUGCAUGACAACAGUGCAUAA